GUGUAGAUAGAAUUCAGUGGUCCGGACCUUAGAGUUUCGAGAAACCUAAACCCUCGUGAAGUCCACAGAAAAACCUCGUCUUUCAGCUCAGCUCGACUGAAGGUGUCUUCUCAAUCGCCAAUGGCCACAAUACCAGUUAACCCGAAACCUUUCUUGAACAAUCUGACUGGAAAGACUGUGAUUGUGAAACUUAAAUGGGGAAUGGAGUACAAAGGUUUCCUGGUCUCGGUGGAUUCCUAUAUGAACUUGCAGUUGGCCAACACAGAAGAAUAUAUUGAUGGACAAUUCACAGGAAAUCUGGGAGAGAUUUUGAUCAGAUGUAACAACGUUCUCUACCUUCGUGGGGUGCCAGAGGAUGAAGAAAUUGAAGAUGCUGAACAGGAAGAUGUGCAAUGAGGAUUGGUUCAAAAAACAGAACUGAAGUAACAGGAUUUGGAUUUUAUCUCUACUUUUUAUUUUUUUUAUGUUCAAGUAUUGCUGGAUGUUCGACUGACAUGCCCGUGCCAUUUAAAGGGCUCUUACUGACAAAUGGUUCUCAAAAGUCAAUGAAACUAUGUAUACAAAUAUUGAGCUGAAUUUCCUAUGUGAUCAAUUGAAGUCUACUAUGCAACUUAGCUCAAUCUUCGCUUAGGAAA